GAUGCCAAGGAAUCUUUGUUGCUGAAGUAAAAGAGUGAAAAAGCACGAUCGCGGAAUCUUUGUUAGCAGUGAAAGAUAUAGAGAAAAGAAACAACAUCGUAUUCCUUUGUUUAUGCAGUAGAAGAGAGAAAAACGCAGGAUUGCGAAUUUCUGAAACUCGGUAAAGUAGCAAACACACACUAACCUUCUUCGGGAACCGAACCCUAAAACCCUGAAUCUGUUUGGGAAACUGAAGCCAUGGCACGUGAGUUCAACGAUGUUGCAGCAACGCUCCAAUCCAUACGCUACAACCGCGGUUCCCUCCACCUUCUCGACCAGAGAAAGCUCCCUCUGGAGACCACUUACUUGGAAAUUCGGGAUUCAACAGAUGGCUGGAAUGCCAUUCAGGAUAUGGUGGUCCGAGGAGCACCUGCUAUUGCGAUUGCAGCGGCACUCUCUUUGGCUGUGGAGGUGUUCAAUUUAGACGGUUUCAAUGGAUCAGCUGGUGAAGCUGUUUCCUUCCUGCAGAAUAAAUUAGAAUAUCUUGUCUCAAGUCGGCCAACUGCAGUGAAUCUAUCGGAUGCUGCGGGAAAACUCAAAGAAGUCGUAUCAAAUGCUGCUGCUACCACUUCAGAGGGCAGGAGUGUUUUCCAGGCAUUUAUAGAAGCUGCUGAAGUUAUGCUUGGGGAUGAUGUUGCCUCAAAUCGAGCUAUUGGCUCUUACGGAGCUAGCUGUAUUCAGCAACAAACUGGGAAACAAAAGCUUUCUGUUUUGACGCAUUGCAAUACUGGAAGUCUAGCCACAGCUGGAUAUGGUACUGCUUUGGGUGUGAUCCGUGCACUUCACAGUGCAGGAGUUCUAGAAAGGGCUUAUUGCACUGAAACACGCCCGUUUAAUCAAGGAUCUAGACUUACUGCCUAUGAGUUGGUGCAUGAAAAAAUACCAGCAACUCUUAUUGCUGAUUCUGCUACAGCUGCACUAAUGAAAGCAGGAAGUGUGGAUGCUAUUGUUGUUGGGGCUGAUCGUGUUGCAUCAAAUGGUGACACAGCCAACAAAAUUGGAACCUACAGUGUUGCCUUGUCCGCAAAGUUUCAUAAUAUACCUUUUUAUGUGGCUGCCCCCCUCACCUCCGUUGAUCUAUCACUUUCUUCCGGACAAGAAAUUGUAAUUGAGGAGAGGUCUCCCAAGGAAUUGUUGAACGCACGUGGAGGACUUGGAGAGCAGGUUGCUGCAUCGGGAAUUUCUGUGUGGAACCCAGCUUUUGAUGUUACUCCUGCUAGUCUAAUAUCUGGGAUCAUCACGGAGAAGGGUGUCAUUACGAAGACUUCUGCUGAUGAUGCAUUCGACAUUAAAGCUUUCGUACAGAAAACUGGUUAAGGUAGAGUGGAUUUUCGCACACAACAUAUGUAGAUUUGAAAAGUAUUCAAGUUUGGAGAGAGUGUUGUGACAGGAGGAUCAACUAGUUCAAUGUCGGUGUCCUAAAAAAACUGAUCUGGACAUAGUUAUGAUUAGUAAACAAGUCAAUAAAAAAUUCAUGGAAACGGUGCCUUGUGUGAUUAAAAUGGAGUUGUAGGGUUUUUAAGAGCCUUUUGGUACGUUAGUUUGAUAAGACUUGAUAGCAAAACCUAAUUGUAUAACAUGGUUAUAUUUUAACAUUAUACAAUGUUUGGUAUAACAUUUUAGCA